AUGGCUGCGGCGUCUUCCUCGGAUUCCGACAGCGGCCGAGCUGAGAGCAAUGAGGCCAGUUCGAAAUGGCUGGACGCACACUAUGACCCAGUGGCCAACAUCCACACCUUUUCCGCCUGCCUGGUGCUGGCAGAUUUGCAUGGGGAUGGGGAACACAAGCUGGUGGUGGGGGACCUCGGCCCAGGUGGGCAGCAGCCCCGCCUGAAGGUGCUCAAAGGACCAAGGGUGCUGACCGAAAGCCCGCUACCUGCCCUGCCAGCCGCUGCUGCAACCUUCCUCAUGGAGCAACACGAGCCCCAGGCUCCCGCUCUGGCACUUGCUUCAGGCCCUUGUGUCUACGUGUAUAAGAAUCUUAGACCCUACUUCAAGUUCAGCCUACCCCAGUUGCCUCCAAACCCUCUGGAACAAGACGUUUGGCAUCAGGCCAAGGAGGACCGGAUCGACCCCUUAACCCUGAAGGAGAUGCUGGAGGGCAUCCGGGAGAAGGCAGAGGUGCCUUUGUCGGUACAGUCACUCAGGUUUCUGCAGCUGGAGCUGAGUGAGAUGGAGGCGUUUGUAAACCAGCACAAGUCCAAGUCCAUCAAGCGGCAGACAGUCAUCACUACCAUGACCACCUUGAAGAAGAACCUGGCUGAUGAGGAUGCUGUGUCCUGCCUGGUGCUGGGCAGUGAGAACAAGGAGCUCCUGGUGCUUGACCCUGAGGCCUUCACCAUUUUGGCCAAGAUGAGCCUUCCCAGCGUCCCUGUCUUCCUGGAGGCUUCCGGCCAGUUUGAUGUCGAGUUCCGGCUUGCCGCUGCCUGCCGCAAUGGGAAUAUCUAUAUAUUGAGAAGAGACUCCAAGCACCCCAAGUACUGCAUCGAGCUGAGCGCCCAGCCUGUGGGGCUUGUCCGGGUACACAAGGUCCUGGUGGUGGGCAGCACUGAAGACAGCCUGCACGGCUUCACUCACAAGGGGAAGAAGCUAUGGACAGUGCAGAUGCCCGCAGCCAUCCUGACCAUGAACCUCCUGGAGCAGCGCUCCCGGGGCCUGCAGGCCGUCAUGGCUGGGCUGGCCAACGGAGAGGUCCGCAUUUACCGCGACAAGGCCCUGCUCAACGUCAUCCGUGCCCCGGACGCCGUGACCAGCCUUUGCUUUGGCCGCUAUGGGCGGGAAGAGAACACCCUCAUCAUGACUACUCGAGGCGGUGGCCUGAUUAUCAAGAUCCUGAAGCGUACAGCAGUGUUUGUGGAGGGGGGAGGUGAGGUGGGACCCCCACCAGCCCAGGCCACGAAACUGAAUGUGCCCCGAAAGACCCGGCUUUAUGUGGAUCAGACGCUGCGAGAGCGGGAGGCUGCCACCGCCAUGCACCGGGCCUUCCAGACAGACCUCUACCUGCUGCGCCUGCGCACUGCCCGCGCCUACGUGCAGGCCCUCGAGUCCAGCCUGAGCCCCAUGUCCGUGACAGCCCGGGAGCCGCUCAAGCUGCACGCUGUGGUCCAGGGCCUGGGCCCCACCUUUAAGCUCACGCUGCACCUGCAGAACCCCUCAACAGCUCGGCCCGCCCUGGGGCUGCUGAUCUGCUUCCUGUACGACGAGGCGCUCUAUGCCCUGCCCCGGGCCUUCUUCAAGGUCCCUUUGCUGGUGCCAGGACUCAGCUACCCCCUGGAGACCUUUGUGGAGAGUCUCGGUAACAAGGGCGUCUCAGACAUUAUCAAGGUGCUGGUGCUUCGAGAAGGCCAGAGCGCACCCCUGCUGAGUGCCCACAUCAACAUGCCCGUGAGUGAGGGGCUGGCAGCUGCCUGAGGCCCCAGCAGAGCCAGGAAGAUCCGGUGACUUCCUCUGAACCGUGCAG